UCGAUUAACUAAGAGCAUUAGUUUUACUUAAUCAAACGGUCCUUGACCCGGAAGUAAACAACAUAUUUGACGCAAGUAGCUACAAAGUGAGAAGUGAAAUUUGGAUAUAAAUUUGGAAAUAAAGCCCAUUUUGAUGGCAAUAUCACACAAACGAAGAAAUACGGAGAAAAGGAAGGAGAAAUCGCGGGAUGCCGCCAGGUGUCGCCGUGGAAAGGAGGGCGAGAUAUUUUCAGAACUAGCGAGUCAGUUGCCACUACCAAUGACAACCAUUGACUCGCUGGACAAGGCCUCCGUGAUGCGACUACUGCUGAGCUACCUUAAGGUUCGAAGCACGAUGGAAAAACGUCCAAAACUGGAGGUGCCCUUGGAUGACCCGCUAAUGUUAAAGCUGGACACGAUGUACCCAAAGGCCCUGGAUGGGAUCCUGCUCUUGCUCUCCAAGGAAGGCGACAUGAUAUACAUCUCUGAGUCCGUCUCCAAGCUCCUGGGACUACAGCAGAUUGAUGUGAUGGGUCAGAGCAUCUACGAUUAUGCCCAUCCAUGUGACCAUGAGGAGAUACAGGAAGUACUCUCCCCUCGCUCUGAGGAGGAGGGGGAAGGUGUGGCUAAAACCAUCUUCAUACGUCUCAAGUGUACCCUCACCAGCAAGGGACGCAAUGUCAACCUCAAGUCUGCCUCGUACAAGGUGAUCAAAUUGACGGGACGUUACAUUGCGGACCACAAUGUGGAGACAGUGUGUGAGGACGAUGUGUUGAUGCGCGACCCUGAGGAAGAGGACAGUGAGGAUGAGGUCCGCCCCUUCAAACCACACCCAAUGCCCCACUUUCUGGCCAUCGCCGAGGGCAUCCACCAUCCGGCCAACAUUGAGGUCCCGCUGGACAGGCGGACUUUCAUUUCACGUCAUAGCAUGAACAUGAAGUUCACUGACUGCGACGACAGGGUAAAGCGUUUGAUUGGCUACCCAUCAGAAGAUUUGAUUGGCCAGUCAUUCUUCGCUUACCACCACGCCAUCGACAGCAAAAUGAUGGACAAGGCUUUUAAAGAUUUGUUUUCAAAGGGCCAGAUAAGCACCGGUCAGUAUCGGUUCCUGGCAAAGAAUGGAGGAUACGUUUGGAUGGUUACCGAAGCAACAGUUAUAUACAACGGCAAGACACAGAAGCCAGAAAAUGUCGUCUGUGUUCACUACGUCCUCAGUCAUGUGGAGCAGCAUGGACGUGUGCUGGCAUCAAGCCAACUAGUGACGUCUGCUCCAGUGGUGAAGCAGGAAGUGUCACCUGCCCACUCUCCCAUCACACGCCUCCCGAGCCCCCACGUACCAAGCCCCUGCAUGCCCAGCCCUAAACAGGAGGAGCCUGCCAAUAGGCCCACCUGUGCAGCCCAGUCCACCACUCGUGUCCAACAGAGAGUGCCAAGGCGUGAUGUAAAGGUUGCCGAUCUUUUCCACCUUCCAAAGUUCAGCACGGAGGCGGUGUUUGCAAAGAAGACAGAUGAAAUGGAGGAAGACUUCUUUCCCCUAGACACAAAAAAACAUGUGGGCCGUAACGGGCUGCUGGACCUGACCCGUCAUGUCCAGCGGGAUAGAGAUGGUUGCAUCCCCCAUGACAGGCCUACCCCGACAGCUAAAACAGGACUGUCCCAGCUGAGCCCAUACAGUGAGCGGAUGAGGGACCCCAAGAAGGACCCACAUCUGGCCCCAUUCAUCAGGCGGGAACGAAGCCCCUGCACAAGCUCCGGCUUUACAAGCCCAGACCGUCGCUCUCCCGAACAGACAAUGAGUGGAGUCCCGAGCCCGCCUGGCUAUCUGACCACAAUCAACCCAAAGGACAUCAGCGCCAUGGAUAACCUGUUCACAACGCUUGACACCGUUGAUCAUGAUCAGGACAUAGACUUUGAGAUGCGAGCUCCAUACAUCCCAAUGGCGGCUGAGGAGGACCACAUCCUGAUUGAGCCGCCCAGUGACACCUACCUGAACAUGGGCACAGACUUCAACCCUGGGAUAUUUGGUUGCACGGAGAGCGUGUUCAGCCUGAAGGAUGACAUCUAUGAGGGGGUAGGGCCAGAGAAGCGGUCAAUGUCCACCCGUGACAUGAUAGGGGACAGUACAGUGAAGAAGAGCAUUGAGCGGCCCCAGGACCAGAUGACGAUGAAGAUGAAGCGGCCCCUGGACCGGAGCUGCCUAGAAAAGGGGCCUCCUGCACCCAAAAUCCUCAAGUAUCAGCCUGCUUUCCACAUUUCUCCCAAUCCAGUGAUGAGGCCGAGGAGAGACAGCAGUGUACUGAUGAACCUCCUACUGCGAGGGGAGGAUGCCGUUCAUGGAUACAUCGUACCUAACAAACAGAACAUAUCACAGUCAAAAGGCAGGCAUAAUGGUCAGUUGACGAGCCAUGACAUUGAGGUGAAUGCUCCAAGCAACACGCGAGGUCUGCUCUACGGGAUGGACCUCGUAAACGCGCUCAAUAUGGCCCGCAAGUGACCCGUGUCACUGGUGACAUAUUCGCACUGCUAGAAACACUGACACUGGAGAUUGACAUUAAUUACAUUGGUUUCUGUUAUACAUUUUUUGACAAUCUUGCAUCACUUUCUUUGAGGGAAACAGGAGUUGAAAGUGCUUCUCUUUUGAGUUAUUCACCCAUAGUUUAGUGGUUUUUGUUAUACCUUUUUUGACAAAUUUCGUCACCUGCUUUGAGGGAAAAAGGAUUAAAAGUGCUUCUGUUCAUGUAAAAACAAAUUGAAAGAUUUGGACAUAAAGUUCGCAGAUAUGGUAUUAAAGGAUGUGUGGAAUAAAAAACAUUUUGGAAAAGUAGUUAUAGGUUUGAGGGGUGAAUGCGAAAAGGUGCUAUCUCCUUCUUUAUGUUAUGUCACAUAGAACUUUUUCGCAUUCACUCCUUGAGGUGUUACUGGUAGCUGUGAGAAUCUCUGUUAUUGUGACCUGUUUUUUAUGUGUUUAUAAACUCAUUCUAUUUUGUCAUAAUAGCCACUCUUAGGGUACAAAUAGUGCAUUUUUUUAUUGAGAAUUUUGGCUGAAAAAAACAGAAAACUAACCAUUUUAUUUUAAGCCAAUCAUAGAUUGUUUUUAUUGAAUGUUAACUUCAUUAUUAAGUAUUCCUAAUUUAACUCUUCAGAAAUGUCAUGAAGUCUCUGUCCUGGUUUCUCGUGACAAUGAAUACUACAAUAAAAAAUGAUCAAAUGUUUUUUAAUAGUUUUGAUUUAUUCCUCAGAAGCUACUAAGUGAUAUUUCGUUACUUUUGUUUUGUAGUGUUAUUUUUAAUGAGAACUAGUAACAUGGUGAUAUUGUAAUUAUUAGUGAUGCACACUUUUGAUAAGUUGUAUAUAUUUUGUAUCUUACCAUUCUAUCCACAUGGAUCUACGACUACAUAGUUUAAACACUAGUACAGCUUUUAGGCAUAAUAUUCAUCUGUAAUAGUUGUUUAUUUAAGCCAUUCAAAUCAUUUGUAAUGUGUAAAUGAACAAGAAAAAAGUCAUUCUCAACUUUUCUUUUAUUUCUUUAUUCAUGCUUAUCUUAAAUUAGCUUAGUGACUAAUUAAAAAAUUAACCCCUGUCAUCUAAAAACCCAAGAAGUGAUUCCUUUAUAUUUGAUUAAAAAAUAAGAAUUUCUGCUGAGUAUUUAAGUACAUUGUUCUUAAUUUUGUGCAAAUUGUCAGUUGAACUUCUACAGCUAUUAUCCCCAUAAACACUGUCUUGCUGUGAAUACUGGUAAACAGUUUCCAUGGCAAUAACAAGAAACAAUCUCGCUGUAGCAGUGGAAAGUGGUAAACACCUACUUAAGUAUUGAAAGCCCACAAUAUAUCUCAGGAGAUUUUAUCAUUUAGUGCCAUGUGUAGUGUUGUCCAAAGAUCAAAUUAAUUCCCUUUUUACUGUGUCUAGAAUAGUUUUCCUGUUGACCAGCCUGGUGCCAAUUUCUCAAAAAAUCUCAAUUAAUUGAAAUAAAGAAUUUGUUUAUCGUGAUGAUUAUAAAAUGAGAAUGUUACCCAAAUUAGGGUAUACAAAAACAAAAUUGUGUGCCUCUGCAAGUUAGAAGGGACUUAUGAUAGUUUGAGAAAUAUGGGCCAGUAGAUUCCUCACACCUUUAAUUUAAGGUAUAACAAAAGUUAUUUACAAUGCAUGCCAGUUUCAAAUAUUGUAUAUGAGAUUGCCAGUGUAUUAUCCUACCGUGUUACUGAUCAUUUAUGCUAUUACUUAAUAAGUAUACGUUGUCAUUGAAUUAGUAUUGUCCAGACAAUAUGUUAAUACAUAACUAUAGAGAUGAUAAUAUCACCACAUGCUAUAGAGCUUUUUGCACUGGUAUGUACUUUUCUGGCUUUUUAGUGUUAGAUAUUUUGUGUAUAUUGUAAAGGUUUUGAUGAAAAGUGUAUGAAAAAAAGACAAAAAAAAAAGAUAAAAAAAAGAGAAAAUUAAUAAAAAAAAAGUAUUAUUCAUUGAAAAUAAUCAUCUAUCAUGACUCAAGUUUGAUCCAACAUAUUUCAUUUCUACAUCUGAAAGCUGUAAAUUUACGUCAUGUUUCGCUGAAGAUCUCUCCAAGUUCUCUAUGUAUAGUUGUCACAUGACAUGACCUGACUUCUCCAUGGAAACUUACAGGGCAUUCAUGUAAAUGGAACAAUGUUUGAACUGAGUUUAGCUAAGCUUAAUUUCAUUGGACAUUGCUUAUUACUUGUAAUUAUGUUGAUAAAAGCUAAUAUGCUGUAGUGGAUAGUGUUUGAUAUUUAAUUUAUUGGACAGAAAUAUUCUGAACAUCUUAGGCCAUAUUUAAUAAAUAGAUUGGCAUUUUCAGACCGACUCACAAGAAUAUUUGCGAUCACAACUUUUAUCAGCCUCUCCAUUGGUCAUAUUUUUUUUCUCUCUUCCUAACUGUAAAUUUACCCUUUAGGGAGUAAAAAUAAAAAUCUAAAAAAAAAAAUCGACCUACCAACACUUAAAAUGGGGAAAGGGAAUGCUGAACUAUUUAUUUGAUGUGGUCAUAAAUGUCUUAAUUAUUUUGACAUUUUAUUGUAUAUAUAACAGCAAUGUUUAUUUUAACAUUUUUUUUGUUUCAAGCGAAUUUAUUUUAAAUACGUACGAUCAGUUAAAUGUUCCAUAAAAAGUGCUGCAAUUUCCCAUUUGUUUCACAAGAAAACUGUACCUUUAAUGUUACUAUUAUCCCUCAAUCUUUUACCCCUCCCUUGAGUCUACAACCUGUAUGAUAUUUUACCUUGUAAUUAUUUGUUUUUGAGAUGCAAGUGAUUGGAUAUACAAGAUCGUUGUAGCCUUGUUGUAGCUGUGCUACAGUAGUGGUUCUCUCUCCAUCACUUUACAGUUGUACUCAAUAAAGUAUUGUCUGGAA